UGCACUAGUGUCAAACACCAGCGUGUGUGCGUGCGUGUGUGUGUGUGGCGGUGGUGACGAUUUGUCGCUGUUAAUAAUGAGAAGCGGUCCGUGCGUCACGGUGCGCUCCGGACCCUCCACCCUGCGUGUCAGAGCUGGAGGCAGGGCAGCAUGUGAUGAUGCUCCGUCCUCCAGUGUCCUGUGAGCGCCUCAGUCAGUGAAGCAGGAGCAGCCCGGCGGAUGUUUUAACGACUCUCUCCACAGAUUCCAUGACGGAUGCACUCAGAUUAAACCCUGGAUAUUGUUCAUCGCCAUUAAAGACUCAAGGACUGAGGCCAACACCUGAAAUCCAGCUGUCACUCCUAAGUCUCCUUCUUACAGCUCCAUCCAUCCAUCUCUUCUCCACUCUUUGCAUCUCUUCACUCUGUUCCCACCAGUCUCUUUCUUCCAUCUCUCUUUCUCUCUCCACCCCCUGCCCCCUCCCGACCCUCAGCCUCCCUCAUGCCUAAGAACAGCAAGGUGACCCAGCGCGAGCAGAGCAAUGAGCACGUCACUGAGUCGGUGGCCGACCUGCUCGCACACGAGGAGCCGCUGGACUACAAGAGCAGCUCCCUGAAAGUCGGAGGGGCAGCUGGGAAGAAGCCCCCACAGAUAGAGGUGCCCGAGAACGAUGGGCGCCCCGCCUGGAACAGCAAGCUCCAGUACAUCUUGGCCCAGGUGGGCUUCUCUGUGGGACUGGGCAACGUGUGGCGCUUCCCUUACCUGUGCCAAAAGAAUGGAGGAGGUGCCUACCUGGUUCCCUACUUCAUCCUCCUCCUCCUCAUCGGCAUCCCGCUCUUCUUCUUGGAGCUGGCGGUGGGUCAGAAGAUACGCCGUGGGAGCAUCGGUGUGUGGAACUACGUCUGUCCCAGUCUGGGCGGAAUAGGGAUGUCAAGUCUGAUGGUGUGUGGCUUUGUGGGUCUUUACUAUAACGUGAUCAUUGGCUGGAGCAUCUUCUACUUCUUCCAGUCCUUCCAGUAUCCUCUGCCAUGGAGCGAGUGUCCAAUCAGAAAGAACGGGACACUUGCCAUUGUGGAGCCCGAGUGCGACAAAAGUUCGGCCACGACUUAUUUCUGGUACCGACAAACCCUGAACACGACCAGCACGAUUGCAGAGAGCGGCGGCCUCAACCUCAAAAUGACCCUGUCUCUGUUUGUGGCCUGGAUCAUCGUCUGUCUCGCCGUCAUUAAAGGAAUCGCGUCCUCUGGGAAGGUGAUGUACUUCAGCUCUCUUUUCCCCUACGUGGUGCUCUUUUGUUUCCUGGUCAGGGGGUUAAUGCUGAAGGGAUCGGUGGAUGGUAUCGCUCACAUGUUUACUCCCAAGCUGGAGAAGAUGUUGGAGCCCCAGGUUUGGAGGGAAGCAGCCACCCAGGUGUUUUUCGCCCUGGGUCUGGGCUUUGGAGGAGUGAUAGCUUUCUCCAGUUACAAUAAGAUAGACAACAACUGUCAUUUUGACGCCGUGCUCGUCUCGGUCAUCAACUUCAUGACCUCCAUUCUAGCCACGCUGGUGGUGUUUGCUGUGCUGGGCUUCAAGGCGAACAUCAUGAACGAAAAGUGUAUCGUAGAGAAUUCUGAGAAGAUCCUGGGGUACCUCAACUCAAACGUCCUGAGUCACGACCUCAUCCCUCCACACAUGAACUUCUCCCAACUCAGCACAUCAGACUAUGCUGAGAUAUACGGAGUCAUCAAGACGGUCAAAGAGGACGGCUUCGCCCAGCUGGGUCUGGAGCCUUGUCUCCUUGAGGACGAGCUCAACAAGUCUGUCCAGGGCACCGGCCUGGCUUUCAUCGCCUUCACAGAGGCCAUGACUCAUUUCCCAGCAUCUCCCUUCUGGUCGGUCAUGUUCUUCUUCAUGCUAAUUAACCUCGGCCUGGGCAGCAUGAUCGGCACCAUGACUGGCAUCACUACACCCGUUCUCGACGCCUACAAGGUCCAGAAGGAGCUUUUCACAGUGUGUUGCUGCGUUGUCGCCUUCCUGUGUGGCCUGUUGUUCGUUCAGCGCUCAGGGAAUUACUUUGUCACCAUGUUCGAUGAUUAUUCUGCUGGUCUGCCUCUCACUGUCGUUGUCAUCCUGGAAAAUGUGUCUGUCGCUUGGAUCUACGGUACUAAAAGGUUCAUGCAGGACCUGGAGGACAUGUUGGGAUUCAGACCGUGCAUUAUCUACUUCUACCUGUGGAAAUACGUCUCCCCGUUCUGCCUCAUCGUUCUCAUCUCAGCCACUGUCAUAGAGAUGGCCAUCAGCCCACCAGGAUACAACGCCUGGGUCGAAGAGCUGGCUCAUGAACGUUUCCAGAGUUACCCUCCCUGGGCACUUGCCAUGUGCUUCGCUCUAAUCGUAGUGGCCAUGCUUCCUGUCCCCAUUGUCUUCAUCGCUCGUCACUUUAACCUGAUGUCCGACGGCUCCAACAAGCUGUCAGUCUCCUACCGUAAAACCAUGAUGAAGGACAUCUCUAACCUGGAGGAGCAGGAUGAGGCCAGAUCCAUCCUCGGAGCCAAACCCGGUGAGGCACCGUCAUCAGCCCCAGUACACAAAGCAUACCUCACUCCUGGAGAGAACAAACCCCUGGACCCGAACUCCCUGUCUCCAAACAGCUGCUACGGUACAAGCUACCAAAACGCUGCCAUCAGUCCCACCACGCCAACAACACCGACCACGCCUGUCACGCCUGUCACGCCAGUCACGCCAGUCAUGCCAGAGUCUGACUCUUGAUUGCCGUCCAAACAUCCAGUCCUGUAGCACAGUUUACCUUUCAGCCAUAACGUCUCCACCAGGGAUCACUGCAGCUCCGAGAGUCCCCACCACCGCCCUGCUAACGCCACUAAACGUAGUCGCCUAAUUGAUCUGAGCACACAUGUCCCAAAAACCAAAAAUUUGCCCUGUUUCCCAGCAUCUUGACAUGUAGGCAGUGUGGAGAUAUAUGUCAAAAGACAAAAAUUCACUCUCAACAGUGACACACUGUAUACACCUCUAUUCUGUUUUGUGUUUGAAAUCACAUUAUUUAUGUGCUUGAGCAGAAGGUCUGUGAUCUGCUUUUCUUUGCCUUAGUAUAAGGACCCUCUGCAGACAUAGCCCCCCUCACAGUAUAAUGCACACCCCUCUGGAGAGGAUCUGGAAGAACGAAUGUAGUGGAGCUGGUGUGGUGAACAGGUUUUUCACUGCAGCACAGUGGCACUGAGAGGCCGAAAUGAAUGUGCAUAUAAGGUUUAAUGUUGUAGAGAUACUGUUCAUCAAAGCCAUACAGCUUAACACAGAUUACGUUAUUUUCUAUUACAGAAUAUGCAGUGAUUUCACUUUGUCUCCAUUGAGCUCUGUUCUGCUCUGAAAUACAGAACACGUCACGUUGAUUUGUCUCCACAGAUCAAACUGCAGUUGCAAAAUUGACCUCCUACUCUGUUUUGUUUGUAGUCAUUAGUGUUCUUGUUCAUUCUGUAAACAACAGUGUACAGUAUAUUAUUAUAAUAUAGGAUAAUAUAGUUUUUAUUUUCUGGAGGAGAUCAAAGCCACCGUCUGUCUCAUUGUGCAUCACACACACACACACUAAUAUUAGUGUGUGUGUGUGUGUGUGUGUGUGUGUGUGUGUGUGUGUAGAGAAUCGCUCAUUUCAGUUUGUCUGCCAAAGAGUAAAAAGUACAUAAUAAAAAAACUUGAAGUUCCACUGACAGGAAGCACAGCUUUGUGUUGCGUCUUUGGUGCAGCUCUGACAAAAUGACAAUGCUACAAAAGCACAAAAAAGAUUUUCCACAAUUAUAAUGCACAAGCGAAUUGACCUAUUAAUUUAAAAUGUAUGCACAUGUAGAAUUAAAAUAAUUAAAUAGGUCAGACAUAAUGAUGAAGCAAUAUAUAGCACAAACUAGAAUGCACAAACUAUAUUCUUUAUGGAGCAAAAACAAAACAAACACGUUGAACAAAAAUCUGCAAUGGACUAAAAGAUUUAUGAAGUUAAGGGACAAAUAUUCAAAUUAAAUCAGUUGAAUUAAUAUUAUACUCUGAUAUUUUGAUAGUAUGAACUUCUCUCUGCCUUAGACUUCUCACAUGUUCAUGCACGUACACGGGCAAACAGUAAAUACAUGAAUAUAACACAAAUGUGCAUAUUUUCUGUAUAUUUGUGAAAUAUUACUGGACGUGCAGCCCCAGGUUUCCUCUUUGAUAAAGGACUUUGACUCCUGACAGUCUGAACUGGUUUAGACAGUCAAAUGAAGCACAUAGAAGACACAUAAAAGAGCACUUUUAUUUUUGUCAGAUGUUCAAAGCCAUGGUGUUAAAAAACGGACUGUGUUUAUAUUCCUGUAUAUUUCAAGUGUAUGUAGUUGUAAUGAAUAACAAAGAUUUAUCUUUUACAAGUGACCAGUAUAUAAAUAACUGUAUAUUUUCAUCUUGUGUAGCCUAAAGCUUAAUGAGGUUGCAUAUUUUAAGAUUUAUCUAUUUUGUAGUUUGUGUAUGUUUGAUGUGAAAACACUGCGGGCGGUUGGAAGUGAUGUGUGUGUGUGUGUGUGUGUGUGUGUGUGUGUGUGUGUGUGUGUGUGUGUGUGUGUGUGUGUGUGUGUGUGUUUGUGUGCAGCAGCUGGUUGUGUUAAUGGGAGCUGUGUGUUCUGGUUGCACCUCAUGUUCAGUGAUGUCCGCUCACCUGUUUUCACUUUAGGUUUACUGGUCUACUUGUUUGUAGCCCCACUAGCAGUUAAGCACAAAUUACUCUUAGUUCAUGACACGAUACCUGUGAAAUAACAACAUUCAAUAACAAGGAACAUUUCCACAGGAGCUCAGGUUUGUAUAUUUUUUAAAUUGCAUGGAAGUGUCUUCAUUUAAAUUCCUGUGAGAAACUUUAUCCUCGACACACAUAUAUAUCCACAUAUAUACAACAUACAGAUCAGAGUUUGACAAGCUGACAACAUGACCUCUCUCCCUGCGCUGCCCUCAGGCCAAACCUUGUGUUGGUAGAUGUAGCAGUGGUUAAUCUGAAAAUAUUAAAAAUCGUUUCAUUUAUUCAUCCAUUCAGAAACUUUGUGUGACACUAGUGUGGCUACAAACCUUAAGUCUUGUUUUGUUUCUCGUGCUGUUUUAGUUUGUGUGUCCCAGGUACUUCCUGUUGAGGGUGUAUCACAUAGAUCUCUCUGUUGUUCAAGUCUGUAAAUAAUCUUGUGUAACCAAAUAAUUCCGAAGAUGGAUUUUAUUCACGUGACAUAUAUCAAUGUCUUAAAAAGUAGGCUAACUGUUUUAGCAUUAAAUGUUACAUGACGUAA